CAUGGUGUCUGGUGUAUAGUGGCUUCGCCAUGUCCGCUCUCGGCCGGUAUGACCGGCACUGCGACUCCAUCAACUCAGAUUUUGGGGACUCGGUUAGAAGCUGCAGCGGGGAGCAGGAGGAGCUGCAUUACAUCCCCAUCCGGGUGCUGGGGCAUGGGGCCUACGGGGAAGCCACGCUCUACAGGAGAACCGAGGAUGACUCCUUGGUGGUGUGGAAAGAGGUUGCCCUUACCCGACUUUCCGAGAAAGAGCGCCGAGAUGCCCUCAAUGAGAUUGUCAUCCUUUCCCUCCUGCAACACGACAACAUCAUUGCUUACUACAACCACUUUCUGGACAGCAACACUUUGCUCAUAGAACUUGAGUACUGCAAUGGUGGAAAUUUGUUUGACAAGAUUGUCCGCCAGAAGGAUGAACUCUUUCCAGAGGAGAUGGUCCUCUGGUACCUGUUCCAGAUCGCCUCAGCAGUGAGCUGUAUACACCGCGCUGAGAUCCUACACAGAGACAUUAAGACUCUAAACAUCUUUCUAACUAAAGCAAACCUGAUUAAACUGGGAGAUUAUGGGUUGUCCAGGCAGCUGAGCUCUCCAUAUUCAAUGGCUGAAACGUGUGUAGGUACCCUCUAUUACAUGUCCCCUGAGCUGUGCCAAGGUGUGAAGUACAGCUUUAAGUCUGAUAUCUGGGCUUUGGGAUGUGUCCUUUAUGAACUGCUCACUCUGACACGGACGUUUGAUGCUACCAACCCCUUGAACCUAUGUGUGAAAAUCGUACAAGGAAAUUGGUCUGUGGAACUGGACAGCAGUGUCUAUUCCCAGGAGAUGAUCAAUAUGGUUAAGGCAUGUCUGGAACAGGACCCCGAUAAGAGGCCGACUGCUGAUGAGAUCUUAGAGAAGCCCUUGCUGAGUCGCAGUAGGAGGGACAUGGAGGAGAAGGUGAUGACGCUUAACAGAUCCAACAAGAGAUCCAGGCCUGGCAUGGUUACUGAGGCCCCCAUUGCUGUGGUUACUUCACGGAGCAGUGAGGUUUAUGUGUGGGGGGGCGGGAAGUCCACCCCUCAGAAGCUGGACGUUUUUAAGGGGGGUUGCCGGGCUCGCCAGGUGUGUGCCGGAGACGCUCACUUUGCUGUGGUGACUGUGGAAAAGGAGCUGUACACAUGGGUGAACAUGCAGGGUGGAUCAAAGCUACAAGGACAGUUAGGACAUGGAGAUCGCGCUUCAUACAGACAACCUAAACACGUGGAAAAGCUCCAAGGCAAAGCCGUGCAGCAAGUCAGCUGUGGGGCGGACUUCACUGUCUGUAUCACAGAUGAGGGUCAGCUGUACUCUUUUGGAUCAGAUUAUUAUGGCUGCCUUGGGCUAAAUCAGUCUGCCGGUUCAGAGGUUCUUGAGCCGAUGUUGGUGGAUUUCUUCCUCAAUGAGCCGGUGGAGCAGGUCUCCUGCGGGGAUAGUCACAUCAUGGUGCUGACACGUAGCAAGUGUGUGUAUUCCUGGGGAUGUGGGGAGUACGGUCGCCUGGGUCUGGACUCUGAGGAUGAUGUGUACUUCCCUCAGAAGGUGGAAGUUCGGCAUGGUCUCUGCAUUGUCAAUGUUUGCUGUGGGUCAGAUGGGAGUUUCCUUCUUACACAGUCUGGCAAAGUUUUGGCCUGUGGUCUGAAUGAACAUAACAAACUAGGUCUGAACCAGUACACAGCAGGGAUUAUUAACCACGAGACAUUUCAUGAGGUCCCGUACACCACAUCCCUGACGCUUGCCAAGCAGCUAUCAUUCUAUAAGAUCCGCAGCAUCUCUCCAGGUCGGACGCACACAGCAGCUAUUGACGAGCGGGGACGGCUUUUGACUUUCGGCUCUAAUAAGUGCGGACAGCUAGGAGUUGGAGACUACCGGAAGCAUUUUGGCAUCAAUCUUCUUGGGGGGCCUCUGGGGGGCAAGCAGGUCAUCCGGGUAUCCUGUGGUGAUGAAUUUACCAUUGCAGCUACUGACGAUAAUCACAUAUUUGCUUGGGGAAAUGGUGGAAAUGGGCGACUAGCUAUGACUCCAAAUGAGCGUCCUCAGGGAUCUGAUAUCUGCACUUCAUGGCCUCGUCCAAUAUUUGGAUCUUUGCACCAUGUAACAGAUUUAUCCUGUCGUGGUUGGCACACCAUCUUGAUUGUGGAGAAAGUUCUAAACUCCAAAACCAUCCGAUCAAACAGUAGUGGCCUUUCCAUUGGAACACUUGCUCAGAGCUGUUCAUCGGGGGGCUCUGUGGGAGGAGGAGAUAGCGAGCGGGAGUCCCUGACCUCUGAUCCCAACGGGGGAUUCCAAGGCACAAUGGAGACGGAGCCAGAAACUGUCCCUUUCAAUAUGACUGAGAAUAUGGAGAGCAGCUCCUGCCCCAGCUGGCUCAGACAGGAAUUAGAAGAAGCAGAAUUUAUCCCCAUGCCAGAGACACCCUUAUCCCUUGGUUUGGAGUCCUCAGCAAAUGUGUCCCCAUGUGACAUCCCUGGAGGAUUGUUAAAUGAGCCAAUACAUACACCUGCCAGAGUACUUCAUGACCUGAUGCAAUCUCCCAAAGGGGAUCUGCUCAAACUGAGUGAAACGCCUGAAGGAGAGCAGUUGUGUAACACACCAAACAAUGUGACUGAGGAAGCCCUUCAAGUGCCAAGUAACGAUCCUAGAGGAGUGCUGCAGGUCUCCGGUGCCAGCACACUUGCAGGAGUGCCACAGACCAGCUCACUUCCCGUCUGCGCGUGCAGCUCCCUUCAGCUAGAGGUACAGAGUCUGCGGGAUCUGGUGUCGCACUGUAUGAGUGAACAGGAGGCUCUGCGUAAGGAGAACACACGUCUAACAGCAGCAGUGCAAGAACUGAAUGCCAAAUUCCUGGGAGCUAUGCAUUUAAAUCAGAUGCUGAGUAAACAAGGUGAAGCCAUACAGCUACUGCAGAGACAGGUGGCGCUCUGCUGUAAAGGAUCUCUCCCUUCUGCUGGCUCCAGAGACACCUCCAAGGAGGAAUGUGAUGGAGAUUCCUGGUGCUUCCUUGGAACAGAUGGAUGCCGCUCAGCCUCAGGGACACUAAUGUGAUAUGCACGGGGACACUAGAAGUAACUUAUUGUACACAUGCACAACACGUGCUUGCUUGAUGUGCAUCCGUGUUGGCAACAUGUGAAAUCCUUGAGGCGGGAGGAGAUAUACAAGUGCCUUAUAUGAACUUCCAGAAUUGCACCACCUCACGUGCUGCAACCUUACUAUACCGAGCACCACAGAGGAUGCUACACCCUCACAUCUGUGACUUCCCCGUACAGCCUGAUAACUACAAAGCAUCUCAUACUGAAGGGUCGAGACAGGUUGGGAUUGCUCUAUUCGCUCCUAACUGCGCAGCAGCCACCCUGCUAAUCACGUAUGGAUUCUAGAGGCCCUAUAUAGCAUCCAGCCAUAUGACAGCGCAUUGCGCACUCUGCCUCCAGAUAACAAGCUCUAUGCUACAAUAGAGAGUGAGAUUGAAAUAGCACCCUAUGCUACGCAGGAGGUAGGGAACACACAGUACAAGUCUGAUGUGUCAGCAAUGUGAAGCAUAGCUCUGUCCUACAACAGCUUGUAAUGUGACAGGGGCAUUCACUGCUGUAGCCUGGGGCGAGGGGGGGGGGGGGAAAUCACUGCUGUAGGCCGGAGACUGGCGAGGGGGGAGGUUUCACAGCUGUAGCCCGGGAACUAGCGAGGGAGGAGGAUUCACAACUGUAGCCCAGGAACUAGCAAGGGGAAGGGAUUUACUGCUGUAGCCCAGGAACUAGCAAGAGGAGAGGAUUCACAGCUGUAGCCCAAGAACUAGCAAGGGGAGAGGAUUCACAGCUGUAGCCCAAGAACUAGCAAGGGGAGAGGAUUCACAGCUGUAGCCCGGGAACUAGUGAGGGAGAGGAUUCACAACUGUAGCUUGGGAACUACCGAGGGGAGAGAAUUCACAGCUGUAGCUUGGGAACUUGGGAGGGGAGAGGAUUCACAGCUGUAUCCUGGGAACUAGUGAGGGAGAGGAUUCACGGCUGUAGCCCGGGAACUAGCAAGGGGAGAGGAUUCACAGCUGUAGCCCAAGAACUAGCGAGGGAGAGGAUUCACAGCUGUAGCCCAGGAACUAGCAAGGGGAGAGGAUUCACAGCUGUAGCCCAGGAACUAGCGAGGGAGAGGAUUCAUAUCUGUAGCCCAGGAACUAGCGAGGGAGAGUAUUCACAGCUGUAUCCCGGGAACUAGUGAGGGAGAGGAUUCACAGCGGUAGCCGAGGAACUAGCGAGAGGGGGGAUUUACUGCUGUAGCCCAGGAACUAGCGAGGGAGCUGAUUCACGGCUGUAGCCCAGGAACUAGCGAGGGGAGAGGAUUCACAGCUGUAGCCGAAGAACUAGCGAGGGGGGAUUUACUGCUGUAGCCCAGGAACUAGCGAGGAAGAGGAUUCACUGCUGUAUCCCGGGAGCUAGUGAGGGGAAAGUAUUCACAGCUGUAUCCCGGGAACUAGCGAGGGAGGAGGAUUCACAGCUGUAGCCCGGGAACUAGCGAGGGAGGAGGAUUCACAGGUGUAGCCCAGGAACAAGCAAGGGAGGAGGAUUCACAGCUGUAGCCUAGGAACUAGCGAGGGGGGGGUUACUGCUGUAGCCCACGAACUAGCAAGGGGAGAGGAUUCACAGCUGUAGCCCAAGAACUAGCAAGGGGAGAGGAUUCACGGCUGUAGCCCGGGAACUAGCAAGGGGAGGAGGAUUCACAGCUGUAGCCCAAGAACUAGCGAGGGAGAGGAUUCACAGCUGUAGCCCAGGAACUAGCAAGGGGAGAGGAUUCACAGCUGUAGCCCAGGAACUAGCGAGGGAGAGGAUUCACAUCUGUAGUUCAGGAACUAGCGAGGGAGAGUAUUCACAGCUGUAUCCCGGGAACUAGUGAGGGAGAGGAUUCACAGCGGUAGCCGAGGAACUAGCGAGAGGGGGGAUUUACUGCUGUAGCCCAGGAACUAGCGAGGGAGCUGAUUCACGGCUGUAGCCCAGGAAGUAGCGAGGGGAGAGGAUUCACAGCUGUAGCCGAAGAACUAGCGAGGGGGGAUUUACUGCUGUAGCCCAGGAACUAGCGAGGAAGAGGAUUCACUGCUGUAUCCCGGGAGCUAGUGAGGGGAAAGUAUUCACAGCUGUAUCCCGGGAACUAGCGAGGGAGGAGGAUUCACAGCUGUAGCCCAGGAACAAGCAAGGGAGGAGGAUUCACAGCUGUAGCCUAGGAACUAGCGAGGGGGGGUUACUGCUGUAGCCCACGAACUAGCAAGGGGAGAGGAUUCACAGCUGUAGCCCAGGAACUAGCGAGGGAGAGGAUUCACAGCUGUAGCUUGGGAACUAGGGAGGGGAGAGGAUUCACAGCUAUAGCUUGGGAACUAGGGAGGGGAGAGGAUUCACAGCUGUAUCCCGGGAACUAGUGAGGGAGAGGAUUCACAGCUGUAGCUUGGGGAACUAGGGAGGGGAGAGGAUUCACAGCUAUAGCUUGGGAACUAGGGAGGGAGGAGGAUUCACAGCUGUAUCCCGGGAAAUAGCGAGGGAGGAGGAUUCACAGCUGUAGCCCAGGAACUAGCGAGGGAGAGGAUUCACAGCUGUAGCCCAGGAACUAGCAAGGGGAGAGGAUUCACAGCUGUAGCCCAGGAACUAGCGAGGGAGAGGAUUCAUAUCUGUAGCCCAGGAACUAGCGAGGGAGAGUAUUCACAGCUGUAUCCCGGGAACUAGUGAGGGAGAGGAUUCACAGCGGUAGCCGAGGAACUAGCGAGAGGGGGGAUUUACUGCUGUAGCCCAGGAACUAGCGAGGGAGCUGAUUCACGGCUGUAGCCCAGGAACUAGCGAGGGGAGAGGAUUCACAGCUGUAGCCGAAGAACUAGCGAGGGGGGAUUUACUGCUGUAGCCCAGGAACUAGCGAGGAAGAGGAUUCACUGCUGUAUCCCGGGAGCUAGUGAGGGGAAAGUAUUCACAGCUGUAUCCCGGGAACUAGCGAGGGAGGAGGAUUCACAGCUGUAGCCCGGGAACUAGCGAGGGAGGAGGAUUCACAGGUGUAGCCCAGGAACAAGCAAGGGAGGAGGAUUCACAGCUGUAGCCUAGGAACUAGCGAGGGGGGGGGUUACUGCUGUAGCCCACGAACUAGCAAGGGGAGAGGAUUCACAGCUGUAGCCCAAGAACUAGCAAGGGGAGAGGAUUCACGGCUGUAGCCCGGGAACUAGCAAGGGGAGGAGGAUUCACAGCUGUAGCCCAAGAACUAGCGAGGGAGAGGAUUCACAGCUGUAGCCCAGGAACUAGCAAGGGGAGAGGAUUCACAGCUGUAGCCCAGGAACUAGCGAGGGAGAGGAUUCACAGCUGUAUCCCGGGAACUAGUGAGGGAGAGGAUUCACAGCGGUAGCCGAGGAACUAGCGAGAGGGGGGAUUUACUGCUGUAGCCCAGGAACUAGCGAGGGAGCUGAUUCACGGCUGUAGCCCAGGAAGUAGCGAGGGGAGAGGAUUCACAGCUGUAGCCGAAGAACUAGCGAGGGGGGAUUUACUGCUGUAGCCCAGGAACUAGCGAGGAAGAGGAUUCACUGCUGUAUCCCGGGAGCUAGUGAGGGGAAAGUAUUCACAGCUGUAUCCCGGGAACUAGCGAGGGAGGAGGAUUCACAGCUGUAGCCCAGGAACAAGCAAGGGAGGAGGAUUCACAGCUGUAGCCUAGGAACUAGCGAGGGGGGGUUACUGCUGUAGCCCACGAACUAGCAAGGGGAGAGGAUUCACAGCUGUAGCCCAGGAACUAGCGAGGGAGAGGAUUCACAGCUGUAGCUUGGGAACUAGUAAGGGAGAGGAUUCACAGCUGUAGCUUGGGAACUAGGGAGGGGAGAGGAUUCACAGCUAUAGCUUGGGAACUAGGGAGGGGAGAGGAUUCACAGCUGUAUCCCGGGAACUAGUGAGGGAGAGGAUUCACAGCUGUAGCUUGGGGAACUAGGGAGGGGAGAGGAUUCACAGCUAUAGCUUGGGAACUAGGGAGGGAGGAGGAUUCACAGCUGUAUCCCGGGAACUAGCGAGGGAGGAGGAUUCACAGAUGUAGCUUGGGGAACUAGGGAGGGGAGAGGAUUCACAGCUAUAGCUUGGGAACUAGGGAGGGAGGAGGAUUCACAGCUGUAUCCCGGGAACUAGUGAGGGAGAGGAUUCACAGCUGUAGCCCGGGAACUAGCGAGGGAGGAGGAUUCACAGGUGUAGCCCAGGAACAAGCAAGGGAGGAGGAUUCACAGCUGUAGCCUAGGAACUAGCGAGGGGGGGGGUUACUGCUGUAGCCCACGAACUAGCAAGGGGAGAGGAUUCACAGCUGUAGCCCAGGAACUAGCGAGGGAGAGGAUUCACAGCUGUAGCUUGGGAACUAGUAAGGGAGAGGAUUCACAGCUGUAGCUUGGGAACUAGGGAGGGGAGAGGAUUCACAGCUAUAGCUUGGGAACUAGGGAGGGGAGAGGAUUCACAGCUGUAUCCCGGGAACUAGUGAGGGAGAGGAUUCACAGCUGUAGCUUGGGGAACUAGGGAGGGGAGAGGAUUCACAGCUAUAGCUUGGGAACUAGGGAGGGAGGAGGAUUCACAGCUGUAUCCCGGGAACUAGUGAGGGAGAGGAUUCACAGCUGUAGCUUGGGGAACUAGGGAGGGGAGAGGAUUCACAGCUAUAGCUUGGGAACUAGGGAGGGAGGAGGAUUCACAGCUGUAUCCCGGGAACUAGCGAGGGAGGAGGAUUCACAGAUGUAGCUUGGGGAACUAGGGAGGGGAGAGGAUUCACAGCUAUAGCUUGGGAACUAGGGAGGGAGGAGGAUUCACAGCUGUAUCCCGGGAACUAGUGAGGGAGAGGAUUCACAGCUGUAGCUUGGGAACUAGUAAGGGAGAGGAUUCACAGCUGUAGCUUGGGAACUAGGGAGGGGAGAGGAUUCACAGCUAUAGCUUGGGAACUAGGGAGGGGAGAGGAUUCACAGCUGUAUCCUGGGAACUAGUGAGGGAGAGGAUUCACAGCUGUAGCUUGGGGAACUAGGGAGGGGAGAGGAUUCACAGCUAUAGCUUGGGAACUAGGGAGGGAGGAGGAUUCACAGCUGUAUCCCGGGAACUAUCGAGGGGAGAGGGUUCACAGCUGUAUCCCGGGAACUAGCGAGGGAGGAGGAUUCACAGCUGUAUCCCGGGAACUAGCGAGGGUAGAGGAUCCACAGCUGUAGCCCGGGAACUAGCGAGGGGAGAGGAUUCACAGCUGUAUCCCUGGAACUAGCGAGGGAGGAGGAUUCACAGCUGUAGCCCGGGAACUAGCGAGGGGAGAGGAUUUACAGCUGUAUCCCGAGAACUAGCGAGGGGAGAGGAUUCACAGCUGUAGCCCGGGAACUAGCGAGGGGAGAGGGUUCACAGCUGUAUCCCGGGAACUAGCGAGGGAGGAGGAUUCACAGCUGUAUCCCGGGAACUAGCGAGGGUAGAGGAUCCACAGCUGUAGCCCGGGAACUAGCGAGGGGAGAGGAUUCACAGCUGUAUCCCUGGAACUAGCGAGGGUGGAGGAUUCACAGCUGUAGCCCGGGAACUAGCGAGGGGAGAGGAUUCACAGCUGUAUCCCGAGAACUAGCGAGGGGAGAGGAUUCACAGCUGUAGCCUGGGAACUAGCGAGGGGAGAGGAUUCACAGCUGUAGCCUGGGAAACUAGCGAAGGGAGAGGAUUCACAGCUGUAUCCCAGGAACUAGCGAGGGAGGAUUCACAGCUGUACCCCGGGAACUAGCGAGGAUUCACAGCUGUAUCCCGCGAACUAGUGAGGGAGGAGGAUUCACAGCUGUAUCCCACGAACUAGCGAGGGGGGGAUUUACUGCUGUAGCCCGGGAACUAGUGAGGGAGAGGAUUCACAGCUGUAGAUUGGGAACUAGGGAGGGGAGAAGAUUCACAGCUGUAUCCCGGGAACUAGCGAGGGAGGAGGAUUCACAGGUGUAGCCUGGAAACUAACGAGGGAGGAGGAUUCACAGCUGUAGCCCAGGAACUACCGAGGGGGGGAUUUACUGCUGUAGCCCAGGAAUUAGCAAGGGGAGAGCAUUCACAGCUGUAGCCCAAGAACUAGCGAGGGGGGUGGAUUCACAGCUGUAGCCCGGGAACUAGUGAGGGAGAGGAUUCACAGCUGUAGAUUGGGAACUAGGGAGGGGAGAAGAUUCACAGCUGUAUCCCGGGAACUAGCGAGGGAGGUGGAUUCACAGGUGUAGCCUGGGAACUAAUGAGGGAGGAGGAUUCACAGCUGUAGCCGAGGAACUAGCGAGGGGGGGAUUUACUGCUGUAGCCCAGGAACUAGCAAGGGGAGAGGAUUCACAGCUGUAGCCCAAGAACUAGCAAGGGGGGCAGAUUCACAGCUGUAGCCAGGGAACUAGUGAGGGAGAGGAUUCACAGCUGUAGCUUGGGAACUAGGGAGGGAGAGGAUUCACAGCUGUAGCUUGGGAACUAGGGAGGGGAGAGGAUUCACAGCUGUAGCUUGGGAACUAGGGAGGGGAGAGGAUUCACAGCUGUAGCUUGGGAACUAGGGAGGGGAGAGGAUUCACAGCUGUAGCCCGGGAACUAGCUAGGGAGGAUUCACAGCUAUAGCCCGGUAACUAGUGAGGGGAGAGGAUCCACAGCUGUAUCCCAAGAACUAGCGAGGGGAGAGGAUCCACAUCUGUAGCCUGGGAACUAGCGAGGGGAGAGGAUUCACAGCUGUAGCCUGGGAACUAGUGAGGGAGGAGGAUUCACAGCUGUAGCCCGGGAACUACCGAGGGGAGAGGAUCCACAGCAGUAUCCCGAGAACUAGCAAGGGGAGAGGAUUCACAGCUGUAGCCUGGGAACUAGCGAGGGGAGAGGAUUCACAGCUGUAGCUUGGGAACUAGCGAGGGGAGAGGAUUCACAGCUGUAGCUUGGGAACUAGCGAGGGGAGAGGAUUCACAGCUGUAUCCCGGGAACUAGCGAGGUAGGAGGAUUCACAGCUGUAUCCCGGGAACUAGUGAGGGGAGAGGAUUCACAGCUGUAGCCUGGGAACUAGCGAGGAGAGAGGAUUCACAGCUGUAGCCCGGGAACUAGCGAGGGGAGAGGAUUCACAGCUGUAGCCCUGGAACUAGCAAGGGGAGAGGAUUCACAGCUGUAGCCUGGGAACUAGCGAGGGUAGAGGAUCCACAGCUGUAGCCCGGGAACUAGCGAGGGGAGAGGAUUCACAGCUGUAUCCCUGGAACUAGCGAGGGAGGAGGAUUCACAGCUGUAGCCCGGGAACUAGCGAGGGGAGAGGAUUCACAGCUGUAUCCCGAGAACUAGCGAGGGGAGAGGAUCCACAGCUGUAGCCUGGGAACUAGCGAGGGGAGAGGAUUCACAGCUGUAGCCUGGGAAACUAGCGAAGGGAGAGGAUUCACAGCUGUAUCCCAGGAACUAGCGAGGGAGGAUUCACAGCUGUACCCCGGGAACUAGCGAGGAUUCACAGCUGUAUCCCGCGAACUAGUGAGGGAGGAGGAUUCACAGCUGUAUCCCACGAACUAGCGAGGGGGGGAUUUACUGCUGUAGCCCGGGAACUAGUGAGGGAGAGGAUUCACAGCUGUAGAUUGGGAACUAGGGAGGGGAGAAGAUUCACAGCUGUAUCCCGGGAACUAGCGAGGGAGGAGGAUUCACAGGUGUAGCCUGGAAACUAACGAGGGAGGAGGAUUCACAGCUGUAGCCCAGGAACUACCGAGGGGGGGAUUUACUGCUGUAGCCCAGGAAUUAGCAAGGGGAGAGCAUUCACAGCUGUAGCCCAAGAACUAGCGAGGGGGGUGGAUUCACAGCUGUAGCCCGGGAACUAGUGAGGGAGAGGAUUCACAGCUGUAGAUUGGGAACUAGGGAGGGGAGAAGAUUCACAGCUGUAUCCCGGGAACUAGCGAGGGAGGUGGAUUCACAGGUGUAGCCUGGGAACUAGCGAGGGUAGAGGAUCCACAGCUGUAGCCCGGGAACUAGCGAGGGGAGAGGAUUCACAGCUGUAUCCCUGGAACUAGCGAGGGAGGAGGAUUCACAGCUGUAGCCCGGGAACUAGCGAGGGGAGAGGAUUCACAGCUGUAUCCCGAGAACUAGCGAGGGGAGAGGAUCCACAGCUGUAGCCUGGGAACUAGCGAGGGGAGAGGAUUCACAGCUGUAGCCUGGGAAACUAGCGAAGGGAGAGGAUUCACAGCUGUAUCCCAGGAACUAGCGAGGGAGGAUUCACAGCUGUACCCCGGGAACUAGCGAGGAUUCACAGCUGUAUCCCGCGAACUAGUGAGGGAGGAGGAUUUACUGCUGUAUCCCACGAACUAGCGAGGGGGGGAUUUACUGCUGUAGCCCGGGAACUAGUGAGGGAGAGGAUUCACAGCUGUAGAUUGGGAACUAGGGAGGGGAGAAGAUUCACAGCUGUAUCCCGGGAACUAGCGAGGGAGGAGGAUUCACAGGUGUAGCCUGGAAACUAACGAGGGAGGAGGAUUCACAGCUGUAGCCCAGGAACUACCGAGGGGGGGAUUUACUGCUGUAGCCCAGGAAUUAGCAAGGGGAGAGCAUUCACAGCUGUAGCCCAAGAACUAGCGAGGGGGGUGGAUUCACAGCUGUAGCCCGGGAACUAGUGAGGGAGAGGAUUCACAGCUGUAGAUUGGGAACUAUGGAGGGGAGAAGAUUCACAGCUGUAUCCCGGGAACUAGCGAGGGAGGUGGAUUCACAGGUGUAGCCUGGGAACUAAUGAGGGAGGAGGAUUCACAGCUGUAGCCGAGGAACUAGCGAGGGGGGGAUUUACUGCUGUAGCCCAGGAACUAGCAAGGGGAGAGGAUUCACAGCUGUAGCCCAAGAACUAGCAAGGGGGGCAGAUUCACAGCUGUAGCCAGGGAACUAGUGAGGGAGAGGAUUCACAGCUGUAGCUUGGGAACUAGGGAGGGAGAGGAUUCACAGCUGUAGCUUGGGAACUAGGGAGGGGAGAGGAUUCACAGCUGUAGCUUGGGAACUAGGGAGGGGAGAGGAUUCACAGCUGUAGCUUGGGAACUAGGGAGGGGAGAGGAUUCACAGCUGUAGCCCGGGAACUAGCUAGGGAGGAUUCACAGCUAUAGCCCGGUAACUAGUGAGGGGAGAGGAUCCACAGCUGUAUCCCAAGAACUAGCGAGGGGAGAGGAUCCACAUCUGUAGCCUGGGAACUAGCGAGGGGAGAGGAUUCACAGCUGUAGCCUGGGAACUAGUGAGGGAGGAGGAUUCACAGCUGUAGUCCGGGAACUAGCGAGGGGAGAGGAUCCACAGCUGUAUCCCGAGAACUAGCGAGGGGAGAGGAUCCACAGCUGUAGCCUGGGAACUAGCAAGGGGAGAGGAUUCACAGCUGUAGCCUGGGAACUAGUGAGGGGAGAGGAUUCACAGCUGUAGCUUGGGAACUAGCGAGGGGAGAGGAUUCACAGCUGUAGCUUGGGAACUAGCGAGGGGAGAGGAUUCACAGCUGUAUCCCGGGAACUAGCGAGGUAGGAGGAUUCACAGCUGUAUCCCGGGAACUAGUGAGGGGAGAGGAUUCACAGCUGUAGCCUGGGAACUAGCGAGGAGAGAGGAUUCACAGCUGUAGCCUGGGAACUAGCGAGGGGAGAGGAUUCACAGCUGUAGCCCUGGAACUAGCAAGGGGAGAGGAUUCACAGCUGUAGCCCGGGAACUAGCAAGGGAAAAUCAUUCACGGCUGUAGCCCGGGAACUAGCAAGGGGAGAGGAUUCACAGCUGUAACCCAGGAACUAGCGAGGGGAGAAGAUUCACAGCUGUAGCCCAGGAACUAGCGAGGGGAGAGGAUUCACAGCUGUAGCCUGGGAACUAGCGAGGGGAGAGGAUUCACAGCUGUAGCCCGGGAAAUAGCGAGGGGAGAGGAUUCACAGCUGUAGCCCAGGAACUAGCGAGGAUUCACAGCUGUAGCCCGGGAACUUGCGAGGGGAGAGGAUUCACAGCUGUAGCCCGGAACUAGCGAGGGGAGAGGAUUCACAGUUGUAGCCCAGGAACUAGCGAGGGGAGAGGAUUCAUGGCUGUAGCCCGGGAACUAGCGAGGGGAGAGGAUUCACAGCUGUAGCCCGGGAACUAGCGAGGAUUCACAGCUGUAGCCUGGAAACUAGCGGGGGGAGAGGAUUCACAGCUGUAGCCCGGGAACUAGAGAGGGGAGAGGAUUCACAGCUGUAGCCCGGGAACUAGCGAGGGGAGAGGAUUCACAGCUGUAGCCCGGGAACUAGCGAGGGGAGAGGAUUCACAGCUGUAGCCCGGGAACUAGCGAGGAUUCACAGCUGUAGCCCAGGAACUAGCGAGGGGAGAGGAGUCACAGCUGUAGCUUGGGAACUAGCGAGGAUUCACAACUGUAGCCCGGGAACUAGCGAGGGGAGAGGAUUCACAGCUGUAGCCCGGGAACUAGCGAGGGGAGAGGAUUCACAGCUGUAGCCUGGGAACUAACGAGUAUUCACAGCUGUAGCCCAAGAACUAGCGAGGGGAGAGGAUUCACAGCUGUAGCCCAGGAAUUAGCGAGGGGAGAGGAUUCACAGCUGUAGCCCGGAACUAGCGAGGGGAGAGGAUUCACGGCUGAAGCCCAGGAACUAGCAAGGGGAGAGGAUUCACGGCUGUAGCCCAGGAACUAGCGAGGGGAGAGGAUUCACAGCUGUAGCCCGGGAACUAGCGAGGGGAGAGGAUUCACAGCUGUAGCCUGGGAACUAACGAGUAUUCACAGCUGUAGCCCAAGAACUAGCGAGGGGAGAGGAUUCACAGCUGUAGCCCAGGAGUUAGCGAGGGGAGAGGAUUCACAGCUGUAGCCCGGGAACUAGCGAGGGGAGAGGAUUCACGGCUGAAGCCCAGGAACUAGCAAGGGGAGAGGAUUCACGGCUGAAGCCCAGGAACUAGCAAGGGGAGAGGAUUCACGGCUGUAGCCCAGGAACUAGCGAGGGGAGAAGAUUCACAGCUGUAGCCCGAGAACUAGCGAGGGGAGAGGAUUCACGGCUGUAGCCCGGGAACUAGCGAGGGGAGAGGAUUCACAGCUGUAGCCCGGGAACUAGCGAGGGGAGAGGAUUCACGGCUGUAGCCCGGGAACUAGCGAGGGGAGAGGAUUCACGGCUGUAGCCCGGGAACUAGCGAGGGGAGAGGAUUCACAGCUGUAGCCCGGGAACUAGCGAGGGGAGAGGAUUCACAGCUGUAGGCCGGCAACUAGUGAGGGGAGAGGAUUCACAGCUCUAGCCCGGAAACUAGCGAGGGGAGAGGAUCCACAGCUGUAUCCCGAGAACUAGCGAGGGGAGAGGAUCCACAGCUGUAGCCUGGGAACUAGCAAGGGGAGAGGAUUCACAACUGUAGCCUGGGAACUAGUGAGGGGAGAGGAUUCACAGCUGUAGCCUGGGAACUAGCGAGGGGAGAGGAUUCACAGCUGUAGCCCAGGAACUAGCGAGGAUUCACAGCUGUAGCCCGGGAACUAGCGAGGGGAGAGGAUUCACAGCUGUAGCCCGGAACUAGCGAGGGGAGAGGAUUCACAGUUGUAGCCCAGGAACUAGCGAGGGGAGAGGAUUCAUGGCUGUAGCCCAGGAACUAGCGAGGGGAGAGGAUUCAUGGCUGUAGCCCGGGAACUAGCGAGGGGAGAGGAUUCACAGCUGUAGCCCAAGAACUUGCGAGGGGAGAGGAUUCACAGCUGUAGCCCGGGAACUAGUGAGGGGAGAGGAUUCACAGCUCUAGCCCGGAAACUAGCGAGGGGAGAGGAUUCACAGCUGUAGCCCGGGAACUAGCACGGAUUCACAGCUGAAUCCCGGGAACUAGCGAGGGGAGAGGAUUCACAGCUGUAGCCCGGGAACUAGUGAGGUGAGAGGAUUCACAGCUGUAGGCCGGGAACUAGUGAGGGGAGAGGAUUCACAGCUCUAGCCUGGAAACUAGCGAGGGGAGAGGAUUCACAGCUGUAGCCCGGGAACUAGUGAGGGGAGAGGAUUCACAGCUCUAGCCCGGAAACUAGCGAGGGGAGAGGAUUCACAGCUAUAGCCCGGGAACUAGCACGGAUUCACAGCUGAAUCCCGGGAACUAGCGAGGGGAGAGGAUUCACAGCUGUAGCCCGGGAACUAGUGAGGUGAGAGGAUUCACAGCUGUAGGCCGGGAACUAGUGAGGGGAGAGGAUUCACAGCUCUAGCCUGGAAACUAGCGAGGGGAGAGGAUUCACAGCUGUAGCCCGGGAACUAGCACGGAUUCACAGCUCUAGCCCGGAAACUAGUGAGGGGAAAUGGUUCACAGCUGUAGCUUGGGGACUGGCAAAGGAGGGUUCACUGCUAUAGCAUGGGGACUAAAAAUGGGGGGGGGGGGUAAUUCACGGCUGUAGCCCGUGGACUAGUAAGAAUAACAGCUGUAGCCCAGGAACUAGUAUAAACAUACAUUAUGUCAUGUACAGAGCCUGUGGACUAGUGGGUGGGAUUCACGGCCAUACCCCACAGACUGGUGAAGGAAGGGGGUUAUCUGCCGUUUCCCGGAGACUACUGAGGGUGGAUUCUCUGUCCUAACUUGGGGAAUAGCUGAGGGGAUUUGCUGCUGUAGCCUGGGGACUGGCGAGGGGAGAUUCGCUUCCGUAGGUCUGGGGAUUAGCGAGCAGGGGCAGAUUAGUUUAUGCAGCCUGCAGCUACUAGAGAGGGGGGAUUCUCUGCUGUAGCCGGGGACUAGUGGGGGGAUUUACAGCUUUAACUAUAUCCCAGGGACAAGUGAGAUUCACAGCUGUAGCCUUGGGACAAGUGUAAACAAAAAUUACUGUACUAACACACAGAGUUGGGGCCCAGAUAUUUGUUGCAGACCAUGACAUAGGGUGCACCAUGGUGUUUUCCGUAUAGCCAUCACUCUGGAAGCCCCAUCAUUAUCCCGGGAAGUAUGAGGGGCACAUAGCUGGGUGCCAGGCCUUGGAGUAGACAGACUUAGUGCCGCACAUAACAGAGUGAGAGGUUACAGUCCGGGGGCCACCUGUAGUGCUUUGUGCUAACUUGUGGGAGCAGGAAAAAGCUCUGUGCCAGCCUAGAGAGCAAACACACAGCUUUUAACGUAAGCUAUAGUUCUGCACCAGUCAAAGUCAAUCUAUUUUCUAACCUCACUUGUAUUUAUUAAGUUUUGGAUUUCGACUGUUCGCUGCAUUGAAUCCUGGCUUGUGUGUUGUCGAUGGUGAGAAGAGGGAACAGUGCAUUUACCUAGUGACAAGAAUGUGGUGCAUGGGGCUGUGUAUUGGGUCUGGCACCAAGUCCUAGGGGUGUCGCUCCUAGGUUAUGACAGCAACUUGCAACAUGUGAAAUAAAGGACUGUACUUGA